AUGGAAAAUUUAGAACUCAGCCUCUCAACACUAACAACGAUAUGCAAGCAUGUCUAUGAAAGUCACAGCGAACUAAGUCGAUUUCUCUCCAAACAGACAUGGACUCAGCAGGACAGACACAGUAUUCUAGAGUGCCUUGCCCAGGUGUUGUUGGAGAAGGAUUAUACGUUACUAAUUGCAAGACACUUGCGACCCCUUAUUCUGGAUUUACUGGAGAGGAAUGCACAGCGUGUGAAAGCAAAUGGGAGGAUCAACCAUGAUCUCCACGAGCGCCUGUGUGUGGCCCUCAGCAAACUUCUUAGCAUUAGUCCUGAUGCGCAGGCGUUUGCCGCAAGGUACUUCAGCGAUGCUCCUCCAGUGUUUCAGAGACUGUUCUUUACCAGCGAAGAGGCAUCUACUGUUCAGUAUGGUCCUCGACGAAUGAAACUGCGUGACCUCAUGGCUGCAACUCUUCGUUUCCUCAAGAGCGAUUGUGCCAAGUUUGAAAAGCUCUGGAACUGGAGUCCAUGUGUUUCCUUGUUGCAAGUGAACGACGUCCUGGUACGGGGGUACACUGCUCAUUGUUUAGCGGCGGUUUCUCAUAUGACUGAUAAUCAGAAAACCAUCUUUUUGAGUAAGCUUCUGACCAGUGAUGAGAUUUUGCAAAUGAAAAUCAGAGCUUUUGAAGAAAUGCAGCAGUUGGAGGUAGAAAAAGCCUUGGUGUUAGCCAAUCGUGGAUCAGUCUUGUGGCACAAUGAAAACAAGCACACCCAUGGCCAAUUCGUAUCAGAGGAUUUAUCGCACAAUGUUUUGUCAAUAUGUGGUAUUCUGUUGUCCCGAACAGCUCCAAAACAGAUUGAAGAGGUAAGAUUCGAGGACAUUGUUCUAGUCGACUCUACCUGCCUCAAUCUGAAAAGAUUGGCAUUGGCUGUGGCUUCACAGAAACCAGUACUCCUUGAGGGACCUAUUGGAUGUGGCAAAACAUCUCUGGUGGAGUUUAUGGCCGGUGUUACUGGUCAUACAAAGACUAGAAAAAUUCUAAAGGUCCAGCUUGGGGAUCAAACAGACAGUAAGAUGCUGCUUGGGAUGUACCGUUGCACCGAUAUACCAGGAAAGUUCAUUUGGCAACCAGGAACGCUGACACGGGCUGUCUCUAAAGGACUGUGGAUUUUAUUGGAAGACAUUGAUCAUGCACCACUCGAUGUGAUAUCUGUGCUCAUUCCGUUAAUGGAGAAUAAAACAUUAACGAUUCCAGGACGGGGGGAUUGCAUUGACAUUUCUCCUGGAUUUCAGUUCUUCGCGACAAGAAGGAUCAAUUACAGUGGUGGCUGUCGAUUUAAACCCCAAAACUCCAAUGCAGCUUUGCUCGAUAAGUACUGGACCAAGGUAGAGAUUGGUUACAUGACAAGGAAAGAAUUGAAGACGGUGGUUAUUAGCAAGUAUCCAGUACUGAAAAUUGUGACAGAUCGUCUAUUGGAUAUAUUCUGCCACCUUACUGGGGAGCGGCAUUUGGACCCAUCAUGCCCCCAAAGCAUCAACGAAAAUCUGCACUACGUGUCUGAGGAGAGCCCCACUCCGCUGGAGGGGAGAGAACUGUCCUUAAGAGAUUUGCUGAAAUUGUGCGAGAGGAUCAGCGUGAACUUCAACAGCACUUCUACGUCACAUCAUGUGUUUCAAGAGGCUCUUGAUUGCUUUACAGCAAUGAUGUCUCACCCUGAAAGCCAACUGCAGAUGGCUGAGAAAAUCGGAAGCAAGCUCAAUAUCUCCAAAGAAAAGGUGCAGUACUUUUGCCAGAUGUAUCAGCCCACUAUCUCGUUGAAUGAGCAAGAGGCCUUGGUGGGUAGAACAACUUUAGUCCGAAAGGCCACUCAAACAGCACAGCUGAAUAUCAGUGAUGACCCGACAUUUGCUGCUACUCGGCCAGCUGCUGUUCUUCUGGAGCGACUGGCUGUGUGCAUUGGUAAACGGGAGCCAGUUCUGUUAGUGGGAGAGACCGGGACUGGAAAAACCACCACUGUACAACACCUGGCCAGAAUCACAGGACAUCGGUUGAUGGUUGUUAACAUGAACCAACAGAGUGACCCUGCUGACCUCCUUGGCGGGUACAAGCCAGUAGAUCACAGGCAGAUCUUACUCCCCUUGUGGGAGACCUUUGAGGACCUUUUCUCCCAGACUUACUCCAGGGAGCAAAACCAAACGUUUCUAGGUCAUCUGCAAACAUGCUUCAGAGAGAAGCGUUGGCGUGACCUACUCAAACUCAUGGACCACGUCUGCAAAUCUGACCUCACUAAAGUGUUGCAAGGGAACUCAAACGCUACCUUGUUGCAGGAGAAGUGGGAGUUUUUGGCUAGAAAACUCAGUCAGACACAACAGCAGAUUCAGACAUGUGAGACGGCCAUGAUCUUUGCUUUUAUCGAGGGAACUUUAGCCAAGGCAGUAAAGAAGGGCUACUGGAUCUUGCUCGAUGAGAUAAAUCUAGCAGCGGCGGAGACCCUUGAGUGUUUGAGUGGACUGCUAGAGAGCUCUGCUGGAUCCCUAGUGCUCUUGGACCGUGGAGAUUUUGAUGCCCUUGUCCGACACCCAGAUUUCAGAUUAUUUGCCUGCAUGAACCCAGCUACCGAUGUGGGUAAAAGAAACUUGCCCCUCGGCCUCAGAAACAGGUUUACAGAACUGUAUGUGGAGGAGCUCAAUGAAGAGGGAGACCUGCGGAUCUUGGUUUCGGACUACCUGAAAAACCUGAAUCCUCAAAGGAGUGUCAUCGAUGGAAUCAUAAGUUUUUAUCUGGCAGUAAGAAAGGAGGCUUCCUCACGCCUUGUGGAUGGGACAGGCCACAAACCCCACUACAGCCUGCGCACACUAUGUAGGGCGCUAAAGUACGUAGCUGCAAACCCUUGCAGAAUUGUGCAGCGCUCUCUUUACGAGGGUUUCUGCCUUAGCUUUUUAACUCAGCUAGACAGGGUUUCUCAUCCUGUGGUCCAUACGCUAGUUUGUAAGCACAUCUUGAAAGGAAACACCAAGUGUCUGAAACAGCCCAUUGUGGCUCCCUCAGGCAAACCGUGUGUGUCUGUAGAGGGCUACUGGGUUUCUCAGGGAGACUUGGAGCCCACCGUGAAUCCGAAUUACAUUCUCACAACGUCUGUCAAACUCAAUCUACGGGAUCUUGCCAGAGUGGUAUCUGCAGGAACUCACCCAGUGCUGAUCCAGGGGGAAACCUCCGUGGGAAAGACUAGUUUAAUCCAUUGGCUUGCUGCAACGACUGGGAACCAUUGUGUAAGAAUCAACAACCACGAGCACACGGAUAUCCAGGAAUACAUAGGAUGCUACUCGUCAGACCACAAGGGCAAAUUGGUGUUUAGAGAGGGCAUUCUCAUUGACGCAAUGAGGAAAGGUUACUGGAUCAUCCUUGACGAAUUGAACCUGGCCCCCACCGAUGUUCUGGAGGCCCUCAACAGGCUGCUAGAUGACAACAGGGAGCUUUUUGUGGUGGAGACACAGGAAGUCAUCAAGGCUCACCCACGAUUCAUGCUGUUCGCUACACAGAACCCCCCUGGUCUCUAUGGGGGUAGAAAGAUUCUUUCCAGGGCAUUCAGAAACCGCUUUGUGGAGCUGCACUUUGAUGAGCUACCCAGUAAAGAGCUCGAGACCAUCCUCCAUCAGAGGUGCUGCAUGCCUCUAUCAUACUGCACCAAACUGGUCAAAGUCAUGACUGAUCUACAGUCAUUCCGCAAAGGCUCCUCUGUGUUUGCAGGCAAACAUGGCUUUAUCACCCUCAGGGAUCUUUUCCGAUGGGCGGAUCGCUACAGACUGGAAGAACAGACUGAAGCCUCUCAGGACUGGCUUCAGCAUUUAGCUGAUGAUGGGUACAUGUUGCUGGCAGGACGUGUUAGAAAGCCUGAGGAGGAGGUCACCAUCCUGGCCAUCCUGGAGAGAAACUUCAAGAGGAAAGUAAAUCCAGAAAACCUGUUCUCUCAUAAACAGGUCAACAACCAGUUCAGUUCCUGUGUCGAUAGCAUUGCUGAAGUUUCAAUGGAUUUUCACCACGUGGUAUGGACACACAGUAUGAGGAGGCUCGCCGUGCUAGUUGGACGAGCACUUCGAUUUGGCGAGUCUGUGCUGCUCAUCGGAGACACUGGGUGCGGAAAGACAACGGUCUGCCAGUUGUUUGCUGCUCUAACUGGAAAGAAGCUUUUCUAUGUCAACUGCCACCUACACAUGGAAACCUCUGACUUUCUGGGCGGCUUGCGGCCUGUCAGACAUUCCACUCAGGCUGAAGGUGAUGAUUGCAGACUCUUUGAGUGGCAUGAUGGGCCAUUGGUUCUGGCAAUGAAAAGGGGUGGAGUCUUUCUAAUGGAUGAGAUCUCCUUGGCAGAUGACUCUGUUCUUGAGAGACUUAACAGUGUUUUAGAGAUGGAGAAGUCACUGGUGCUGGCAGAGAAAGGCAGUGGUGACAACAGUGAUGUGGAGCUGAUCCAUGCUGCUGAAGGUUUCCGUUUAGUUGCCACAAUGAACCCUGGAGGAGACUUUGGAAAGAAGGAGCUUUCGCCUGCCCUCAGAAACCGCUUCACAGAGAUCUGGUGUCCACAAAGCAAUGAGCGUACUGACCUUCAUCAAAUUAUCCAACACAAUCUACGUCCUGGCUUAUCACUAGAUGAUGGAGAUAUUGCAGACCUGAUUCUGGAUUUCAUAGAGUGGCUCACCCAUCAAGAUUUUGGCCGACACUGUAUCAUCAGCGUCAGAGACAUUCUUUCAUGGGUUAACUACCUCAAUGCUGUGUGCGAGGGAGAAGACGAUGGUGGUGCAAAGUGGGACCUGAAGCAGGACACCGUUCAAGCUCUAAUCCAUGCUGCAUGUCUGGUUUAUAUUGAUGGCAUUGGUUCAGGAACAACGGUGUCCAGUUCCAACAACACGACCAUGGCGCGUAAGAUGUGCUUGGGCUUCUUGCGUAAGCGACUGAACUUGAAUCAACCAGAUCUGGAGACACUUGACGCUCUUAGAAUGUAUGACACCAGCUUUAUGAGAACACCUCAGUGGGGCAAAGACUUCUUUGGCUUCAAGCCCUUCUACAUUCCAUUAGGUCCUUUGACUGAGAGCAGUCACCUGUCAGAUUACACUAUUGCAUCUGGCACGACUGCAAUGAAUGCCCAGAGGCUUUUGCGGGCACUGAAACUUCAGAGACCUGUUCUUUUGGAAGGAUCGCCUGGUGUGGGGAAGACGAGUCUUGUGUCUGCACUGGCAAAAGCUUCAGGGAACCACCUUGUCAGAAUCAACUUGUCAGAUCAAACGGAUGUCACUGACUUGUUUGGGACAGAUCUACCCGUAGAGGGUGGAAAGGGAGGAGAGUUUGCAUGGCGUGACGGUCCACUUUUAGCCGCUCUGAAGGCAGGCCACUGGGUUCUCCUAGAUGAGCUGAAUUUAGCAUCACAGUCAGUUUUGGAAGGACUGAAUGCCUGCUUUGACCAUCGAGCAGAAAUCUUCAUUCCUGAGCUGGGAAUGACCUUCCAAGUUCAGCAAGAAAAGACAAAAAUAUUUGGUUGCCAGAAUCCAUACACCCAAGGUGGGGGUCGUAAGGGGCUUCCCAAAUCCUUCCUCAACAGAUUCACACAGGUGUUUGUGGACCAGCUAACCAGCCAAGACAUGGAGUUCAUUGGAGAGUCAAUUUUUCCAGCCAUAGACAAAGAAAUCAUUUCUAAAAUGGUGGAGUUCAAUGACACACUGUUCCGGGAGGUGAGCGUUGAAAGGCGCUGGGGUCAAAAAGGUAGCCCCUGGGAAUUCAACCUGCGUGACAUAUUUCGCUGGUGUCAGCUAAUGCAGGCGGACCAGUCGCCGGGAUUUUUCAAUCCAGGUCAGCAUGUGGCUUUAGUGUACGCGGACAAGAUGAGAACAGAGGCGGAUAAAUCGCAGGUACUGACUGUGUUCAGGAAGGUCUUUGGAGAUGAGUUGGAACCGUAUACCGGUUCUAGACAAUUUCAUAUUACUCCACUCAGCUUGCAGGUGGGGUUCUCUGUCCUACGGCGUAGCGGUGGAACCCCUGAUGGCUGUGAUCCUCCGCUUUCAAUCACACACCAAGCCUUGAGGCCACUUGAGUCUCUUAUGAAAUGUGUUGAAAUGAACUGGAUGACCAUACUGGUCGGGCCGACUGGCAGUGGAAAGACGAGCCUGGUGCGACUACUUGCUUUCUUGACAGGAAACCGCCUCAGGAUCAUGGCCAUGAACAGUGCCAUGGACACUACAGAGUUGCUGGGAGGGUUUGAACAGGUGGAUAUCAUGCGUCCAUGGCAACAUGUUCUUGAAAGCAUUGACUACUUGGUUGCUGUGGUAACAAGGCGUGGCUUGAUGUCGCUAGAUGUAAGCAUUCAAGACACAGAGUUACUUUUACAGACAUGGGCCCUGUUUUGCCACUGGCUAAAGGAAGAGAAGCUGGAGAGCUCUGAAAGAGCAAUUAACUCUGAGGCUCUAAACAAACUGGAAGUCAUCAUCCUUCUCUUGCAAAAACUAAACACCAAGCUCAGAGUGUUGACAGACAUGUCAAAGCUUGAAAUGGACUUCAUGCAACUGAAGGAAAUGAUGUCCAAGCUGGAGGACUGCUGGACUAAUGGAGGCUUUGAGUGGUUAGAUGGAAUGCUCAUCCAAGCUCUGCAGGCAGGUGACUGGUUGCUCUUGGACAAUGUGAACUUCUGCAGUGCCUCUGUACUGGAUCGCCUUAAUGCCCUGCUGGAACCUGGUGGCUCACUCACCGUUAAUGAACGUGGCGUCAUAGAUGGGAAGACCCCAACAAUUACACCUCAUCCCAACUUCAGGUUGUUCCUGAUCAUGGACCCUGCGCAUGGAGAGCUCUCCAGGGCCAUGAGGAACAGAGGGGUUGAAGUUUACAUCCCUGGAGAAAAUGAUGGAGUCUCCUGGGAUACAUUUGAUUUGAAAACAUUGCUUCACAGUGCAGGACUUACAGGAGAUUGUGUGUGGAAUUUACUCAUUGAUAUACACAAAAGCAUCAAAUCUACCAUCUGGGAUUCCCCCGUAUCAUCGAUGGCCUCCAUGGUCAAUGCUGCCAUCUUGUUAUGCUGCCAGCUACAGAGAGGUGUGGAUUUACCCAGUGCACUCAAGCAUGCGUGUCAGGAGGUGUACUCCCUCAGUCAGUCCAGCACUGCCAACCAAAAGACCGCCCAGCAAGUAAUUGAUCAACACCUUUCUAUUCUGAACACCCGAAACUGCGACACCGGUUUACUUUGCGCCGGCAUUUGGCCUGACAGAAUCCCUUCCGCGCCGUUUUGCUCAGAGGAUUCCUGUUUGUCGACGGUCCUUCGAGAUGGGCAGGUGUUAUUAUUUUGCUUAAACAGCCUCAGUUUUCAAGGCAAACGGAAGCGCCCACUGAGUCUAAGUGACCUGCAUAGGGCACUUCAGAGCAGCGGCUUACAUGACGGCCUGGUGUUUGAAGGAGAGGAAAAUCUGGAGCAAGGAGACGUACUGCAGCUGAUACCAACGGCAGUCAGACUUGUCACAGAAACUGCCUCUCACGGAGAUUGGAUCCUGCGCGGUCGCUGGCUUGCACAUCUGGGAAAGAGCUACAUAUACGCCCCUGAUCUGGCUUUGGUUCGGUUGGAAGCAGGAAACGGAGCGCUCAAGGCUGUUUUCAGUAGUCCUCUUGCUGCUCAGGGCAAAUCACUUGCUGAGCUGCUGCAACCAGACAACUUCGAUGAGUACAGGACUCUUACGGACAUGCGCUGGAAUAAGCAGUACAUGGACAUUUUAGCCAACAAGUGUAACUUUGAAGAUGAGAAAAGAUAUCAUGAGUUUCUGGAGGCGCUGAAUGCUGUUGCCAACAGGAUUGCUCUCUUGAUGGACAGAGAAGAGAGGGCAGUAAUCUGUACCCGCGCUGUCAACAUGUCUGUUCAGAAUUGUGCUCUAAGAAUAGCCAAAGACUUCUACAAAGGGAAAGUGGACAUUGGUCACUUGGCUCAUCCAGUACUGAUACACCUCCAAACCUUCUUUGACCUGUGGGAUUCCUUCAUGCUACAGGCUGUGCUCACUGGGCAGGCUUAUAUCCCAGACCAUGUUAUGUUUGAGAUCCGGGAGCUUCUGCAGUGGCUUGAUCGUUUCUGGAACGUUUGCAACAUGAUGCCAGCAGAUACGCAUGGAAUCUCAGUCAUGUCACUUCACUGGCAGUGGGUACAGAAGCACCUCAUUCUCCGUCUUCCCUUACUCCUUUUGGGAAACUCAGAUGCCACAUUAGACUGCUACCAGGAGCUCAAAGCAGUUGCAGGAACCAUUCAAACCAUUCUGUCUACUCCAGUCUCUGUUGCUGCAUCUCUAAAAAGCAUCCAAAGAGUAUUGGGAAAAUCUCUGCCUUUCAAGAUGGAGACCGUUGCAAAGUGUGCGUCCCAGCUGGGGGUUUUGAGUAAAGCCCUGGAUGUGAAAGAGCUUGCAUUUGAUCGCACGUUCAGUUCUCAGAGGCAGGAGCUACUUUGUCUUCAGGUUGCUGGACUUCGUGUGGACAUUAAAGAAAGUCUUCUUGAAGCUCUGGGACUUCUCCUGCUGGCAAACAACCAGCUGGAUGCACGGGAAUCUACUAUCCUGGACAGGUUGCUGUCACUUGUGAAGCAACAGCAACAUCAAAUGACUUCCAUUGGUCUCUUGGAGACACACAGCAUGUCUGAAGAGGAUGAAUCACCAGAAGGAUUCCCUCUAUCUCGACAAGAACUUCAGCACCUAAGACACAGGGCUCAAUUGUGGCCCCUGAUGGAGGAAGUGGCUGUGCUCAACCAGCUGAGACUCAGCACAGAUUUUUUGCAACAAUCUUUUUCACAUUGUGACCAAGAAGCACUGGACAGCUUGCGUCUGGAACUUACCCAACAUAUUCGCUAUUGCCUUGAGUGCACAACAAUGAAUGCCAGUCAACUUCGGCCACUCUGGUUCCUGUUAAAUAGUAAAAGGCCGGCGGAGGACCUACAGUUUGUGUGGUGUGAGCUUCUGUCUGAGGCUUUGGCCGCUCUGUGGAAAAACGGCGCAACAUCCGACCCGGAUCGUUGGCUGAAAUGGAAUCCACUCGACCCCGAGAAACAUCCUGAUUCCGGCCCACACGAUCAACCCAAAAAUAUGGGACCGGCGUUACUAAAUAAAGCCGUGUGGUCACAUUGCACACUGGGGGUGCUGAACGGCAGUCUGACUGAAAGAAAGUGGGAACCAUCAGAAACGUUGCUCUUCUCACGUGUGACACUGGGGGAGUGGAAGGAACAGAUUCAGCAGCUCCAGGAUUUGUCUGCAAUCUUGUGGGACAACAUGGCUUUUCCAGUAUUGGCAGACCUAAGAGGCACAGAUUUGAGGCUCCAGUGGGCCGUCCUACGUCGACAAUUACAGAGCAUGACGCACCUUUUACCUCCCGGUUUGCAAGUCAUUUACACGAAUAGCUGCAAGAAGCUGGAAGAGAAAGGCAACGCAUCGAUUGCCGCUAAGGAAAUCCAGAGAAUUCUCAGCGAUUUCAUUUCCUCUCAAUUGCUCCCUGAUGGAGUGGUGGAUGCCUGUAUUACCUGCCUUCAGCAAUAUGUUGAAAACAAAGUUCAAGGGACCAACUCUGUGGCCAGCCCUGGUGUCUUCUGGGUCAACAUGGGCUUGCUCCAUAUUAAAUUAUGGGCCCCCCAAACCAUCUUUGAUCCAGCUGUCAAGAGGGCAUACAAACUCAACUACGCCCAGCAGGAGUUAGCUCUCCUGGAGACUGAGUGGAAAGUACGGAGCCUGUCCUCUGAACUGAUGACUGGAGCAGAGUUGGAUGAGAAUAGUACCACUGAUGGUCUCCAGCAUCCUCAAAUCAGGUAUCUGUGGAUCCGUAUGCAGAAGGUCAAGACACAAAUAGCUGAGCUUUCCAGGAAGCAGGCAUUUCGCCCCCAAGAGACCAACUACGGGAUGUUAUUCCAGGACCUCCGGCACUACCUCUCCAGCAUCGGUCAGGCAGCGGCAGUGAAAGACAUGCUGUCACGACUACAGAGUGCUCUGCAGCAGAGUUCCUCGUCGUUAUCCAGAUCGGCCAUCCAGAAUCUUCUGAAGGAGGAAAUCCUUUGGCAGAAUUCUCAGCAGUGCUUCACCCAGAGGCUGCAAGAGGACUAUCCUCUUUACCCUGAUGUAGUGGGGCCAGUGCGAGCGGGAAUCCUCCAGCUACGAUAUGGCAUGAAGCUGGUGGCCUCCCAAGUGACCGCCUCACUAUUUAAUAUGCCCAAACUUGCCAAACUAGUGUCCAGCCUACUUUCCUUUCCCUCCAUAUCUCCCAGUCAGCAAUCUUACCUAGCCCAGGCUGACUUCCUCUGCUCCAAAGACAGUCUGGACAUUUUGCAUAGCCUCAGACAGCUAUCGUCACAACAGAAUCUCGUUCAAAUAGACGUGGAGCCCUCUACAUUACUCCUGAAUGCUCUGCUAUUUGUGCAGUGCCACACAUUUAGCACGGGACAGUUCAGUGAUGAAACGCGACACAUCUUUUGGCACAUUUGUCAGGCUCUGGUAAAUUAUUGGGACGAUAUGGAGAAAAAGAAGACGGAACGAGAACAGCAGGAGGCGUGUCUGUAUCGCAACAGGAGUCAACUGCAUGGUACUGGACUCACAGAGAUAGAGCAAGAGGAGAAGGACUUUAGACGACAGUUUCCUCAGUUUGACAAGGACUUUGUAGACAUGUCUCUGCCAAGCCUGGAGAACCCCACAGAUGCCGAAGUAAAGGAAGACGAUGCCAAAGAGGUCCUUGAUGAAAGCUGUUUUCUCUCAACUACUGCAAUGAACACGGUCACCCAAAUACAUCAAGACCUAUGUCUAAAUUAUGCCCAGUCAUUGUGGUACCAGAACAGAUCAUCCAACUGUCGAAGCAAUAACUAUAUUAAGGCCCUGAUUUCCUCUUUCCAAAUUGCUGCUCCCAUGAUGGCGCAGUUCUAUCAUCUGAUUGAUGCAGAAGUAAACCAGCAACUUACAGGCAGUGAGCUGCUGCUUUCAUUGAUACUGCAGAAUACCGUGCAAGGCUCGCCAGGAUCCGAUUUUUUGGUUCACUCCGUCGAAGGCCCUUAUGACUUCUAUCAUCAUCCAAAUAUGAGCGAGGCGCGCCUUUGUCUUCCUGUCCUGGAACAGUUGAGGAUUGCUGUCAAGCAGAGACUUGAAGAUUGGCUAGAACAUCCGGUGCUUGUACAGCUGAUUGUGGUGAUUGAGAGGAUCAUGAAUUUCAGCUUAUCCUGUCCACUGCCAAAGUUCCUCAAUGGCCUUGAGAUACUACUGAGUAAAGCACAAGAUUGGGAGAAUAACGCCAGCCGUGCAGUCUCACUGCAGAACAACAUGACACAAGUCACACAGCUUAUUAUCAAGUGGCACAAACUGGAGCUAAACUGUUGGUCAAGCAGUCUGGACAAUGCUGCGAGGCGGCAUGCUGAGAAAUCCACUAAGCAUUGGUUCUCCAUUUACCAGCUCAUAGCAAAAUAUCUGGAAGAUCAGAUGAUGGAAAGCCCCUCCUUGUCCACGUUGUCCUCCACCCUUGAAGCCUUCAUGAAUGGUUCCACCCUGGGCGAGUUUCAUACACGCUUGGCCAUGUUACUCAGCUUUCAUUGUCACCUCCUCCUUCUCCCUACUCAGGCUGGGCAAGCUACAUUGUCUCAUCUUCUGUGGAACCUACACAAAUACUACAGUCAAUUUUCAGAUUGUAUUCAGGACACAAUCAGACUCCUAAGACAGCCAAUCGAGAAGGAUCUUCAGGAUUUUGUCAAGAUCACCAAGUGGAAUGAUGUUAGUUUCUGGUCCAUCAAGCAGUCAGUGGAAAAGACACAUCGGACCCUCUUCAAAUAUGUCAAAAAAUUUGAGGAGGUUCUCAACGGCCCCUGUCUUACUGUUCUCGUAGAACAGAAAAACAACAAUUCCCACGACAAUUAUAGUAUCAAAUCAGAGGCAGGACUCAUUCACCAGAUUCAUCGGGCACUCGAGCAAAGCCUUCCAGGAAAGAACGGAGAGCAGCAGAGCAACGGUCAAGAUGGAGUCGACUCGGAACGUCUGCAAGGACGUCUGCCUGUUCUGACCAGAAAAAUGAAGAAAGUAUGUGUCCAACUUCUUAAGAAACACCCGGCACCGGAGCUGACCGAAGAUCUGGACGACUUCACUGGUGAGAUACUUAAAAAUGUAAACGAGUUGCAGGACCUGACCAUCAACAUGUCCGUGGAAAAAGAGAAACAGACUGCCCAGGUGAAACACAUCUUGCAGCAAAAACAGAGAGCUCUGUCUGAUCUGUUCAAAAUUCUCACAGAAACAGGUCUGUCAUAUCGUAAAGGGUUAAUAUUGAGCAAGACAGCUGACCAAGAAGAAACCCUCUGCUUAAAGCCACUGGAUUUGGGCACCGCUCUUUCUACCAUCAUCGACUGCGAAUCGACUGAAACCACGUGGAUGUCAGGUUUGAUCAACUCAUGGGAUGGAUGUCAGCAUUACUUCUACCGUUCAUGGGCGAGGAUAAAUGCCUUGCAGACAGCAUUCCAGCAUCCUUCAAAAGACCUGAGUCUGGGAACUAUUGAGCGAUGCAGAGGUUUUUCAUCUCAUCUCUUCUACCUGCUCCUCAAACAGAGGCGACGACUUGCGAAGCUGACUGAGCAUUUUGUCCGUUUCAGGAGGCUAACAAGCACAAUCCAAGAUAUCAAAGAAAAACUCCAAAGUCAAAGAGAAGACGCAGACUGCACACUCCUACCUCAGGAAGCUCUGUAUAAUUGGGUUAACAAAGGGCAGGCUCUCAUUACUCAGUGUUCCAUCCUCCUGCAGCAGUUGUCCUGGCUGCUGCAGUGUUGCCCACAAGUGCCACAGUCGGAGGAGAAAAACAACUCCUGGCAGUAUUCUCUUAAAUGCACGUCUCCAGUGGCACUUCACCGUCAGCCUGCAGUUUGCCAAAUGCGAAGAGGAGAUGCCACUUGGAGGCAGCUUAACCAGCGUGUGACUGCUAUGCUGAAGCAGGUGGAGAGUUUUAAGAUGGAGCUUAACCAAAUAGCACUGCAGCGCUCUGAGAGCCUACUUGUCACAUGGAAACACUUUGUUACAUGUUCUUCAGCUUUUGAACAGCUGAAAACUGUGACAUCUCAGCUAUGUGAUGUUGAGCAGCUUUUCAUGCCAAGCGCAUCUCCAAGCAACAAAUGUCUUAAUCCAGCCGUCAUCCAGAGCCUUUGGUAUUUUAGAGAAGAGGCGAUGAGAAAUGUGAAUGAGUUCUCCUCUUGGAAAACCCAGAAUCUCUUAGUUGGACAUCCUCCUCCAGAUGGCCUAUCUGCAUUUUGUUCUGAGUUUUCUGUCGAUCUGGAGACAAACAUAAACAGCUUGUUGUGCGCUGUUCAGAAUGUAGUCAAGAGAAGAGAGAAGAGUGAGGAAAGAGUUCAAUCCCUAGUUAGUGAUGACCAAGAGGUCGGCAAGGAGAAUGUGGAAGACUUACUAAAACCUAGACACUUAACUCAUCACCUGGAAGAGGAGCUGGCAGCUGAUGAGGAGGCUUUGUCUGUCGGAGAUGUGAAUGCCAAACUGGAGAGGCUCCUGGGGUGCUUAAAGACGCAUACAAAUUCCUCUCAGCCACAGAAACUGCAGGAAGUAAGCAAAGCAUGCAGUAUGCUGGUGCGUGUGGAGCCGAUGCUUGGGAUUUACUCUGAUCUGGUCCGUUACUUUCUGUCUGUGUCAGUGGGCGUGCACAGAUGCACCGGCAAACUGCUAUCAGUGUUGGCUAACAUCUUCUCAGAGCUUGCCCAGAAGGGUUUCUGCCUGCCCAAGGAGAUGAGUGCAGGAGAAGGUGAAGGUUCCACUGAGUUUAAUGAUUCUGAAGGUGGUGGAAUAGGUCAAGGCGAAGGCAGUAAGGAUGUCAGUGACACAAUUGAGAAUGAAGACCAGGUGGAAGAUACAUUUGCGCCAGGUCAGGAGAAAGAACAUCAAGAUGACAAGAACAUUAAACCAGAAGACAAUGCUGUUGAGAUGUCAGAGGACUUUGAUGGCCAAACCUUUGACGGUGAUGAGCAUGAUGCUGAUGAAUCCGAUAAAGAGAUUGAGCAGGAAGAGUUGGACAAAAAGAUGGGCGAUCUGGGUGAUGGACAGACGGAUACUCUCGAUGAGAGAAUGUGGGGAGAUGAAGAGGAUGAUGAUAAUGAUGAGGGAAGUGACAAAGAGGAAGAGUCUGGCCAAGGCAUGGACCAGGAGGAAUCUGUGUUGGCUGCAAAAAGUGACAACUUGGAUGCUGCAGAGCCCAACAAAAACCAAGAAAAACAGGACAGUGAUGACCAGAUGAAUGCUGAGAAGGACAAAAUCAAUGAACAAGGAGAUGAGAGGGAGUUUGACAAGAAUGAAGUGGACCCCUAUCAUGGCCAGCAGGAUCAGAGACCUGAACCUGAGGAAAUGGCACUUCCUGAGGAUCUUAACUUGGACCAGAUGGACAAGAUGGAAGAAGAUGGUGAAGAAGAAAAUCCAUUUGCCAUUGACGAGGAAGCCAUUGCCACAGAUGGGGAUGAAGAUGGACAGAAAGAGGGACAUGAGGAAGAAGGAGCUGAGCCCAUGGAGGAAGAUCAUUCAAACCAAAAAGAAGAGGACAACAAAGAAUUGGAGCCUGAAGAGAAUGAAACGGAGAAGCGUGGAGAUGAAGAACAACCGGCAGACCAGCAAAAUGAAGACGCAUCAAAAAAAGAUCAGGAUCUGCCUAUUCCACAAGAUGAAGGAAGCAAUCCUAAGGAUGUGGAGGCUGAUAGUUUGGAUGCUGUCGAUGAUCAGACAGAGUCAGCUGAGAGAAAGCAACACAACACCGAUGGACAAACUGGGGAGCAGAACUUCCAGAGCGACACUGCUGCGGAGCUGGCUGGAGAGGCAUCUGAGCGAGACCAAGCAAAAGAGGAACAAGGGAAUGGAGCAGCAGAUGCUAAUGAAUCAGCAGGUCAUCAGUCACAGCUGACUGCAAGGAUAUCUUCACAGACACUGACACAGAACAACACUCAGAGCUUUAAAAGAAAACCUGGACAAUCAGACAAUGAACGCUCGACAGGUGACUACAAUGAGCUUAUAAACAAGCGUCUUCGUACAUUGGAGAAGUCUCACGACCACACACAAGACGGCAAACAACGUGAAACCCCACAAAAGUCCGACCUGUACGAGCACAUCAGUGAAGGGGACAUGGCCUACGAUAGUCAAACAUACGAUGUUGCCAGUGCCGAUCAGGAGACAGCAGAGGCUCAUAGGAUCAAGGAUGAAAAUCAGGAUAUAGAGGACCUUUCAAUGGAGACGGAGCAUCAAGUUGAGGACUUAAAAGCUGCUGAGGUCCAGGAGCUAAAACAUGAGCAUCUAGAAGCAAUGAAGGCCUUGCAGCAGCCAGGUAAUAUGGAGCUACAUCUGCAGGGGAAGGAAAAUGAAGAGAACAAAUGGAAGGACAGUUGGCACCCUAGAGAUGAAGAGGAUGCCAAAAAAAACUCAGAAUCCACCUUUCACACCCUUCCUGAGCUGUUAAUAGACUCGAUGCAGAAGCUUGAGAAGGACCCCGAGAACAUCAGAAGGGAGAUGGAGGCGCAGUUAUCAUUGUGUCACCAACUGACUCCAGGAACACCCGAGGAGGAGGGUGCAGCAGCAUACAUGUGGCACCAGUACCAGAAAAUGACCCAACAACUCUCCCAGCAACUGUCUGAGCAGCUGCGCCUUAUUCUGGAACCAACACAGGCUGCAAAACUCAAAGGUGAUUAUCGCACGGGAAAACGCCUCAAUAUGAGAAAAGUGAUUCCGUACAUUGCCAGUCAGUUUCGCAAAGACAAAAUCUGGUUAAGGAGAACCAAGCCAAGCAAAAGAGAUUACCAGAUCUGUCUGGCUGUGGAUGAUUCUUCCAGUAUGGUGGACAACCACUCCAAACAGCUGGCGUUUGAAUCCCUAUCAGUGAUUGUGAAUGCUCUCUCUCUGCUGGAAGCCGGACAAGUAUCUGUGUACAGUUUUGGUGAGCAGGUGCAGCUUCUUCACCCUUUCCAGCAACAAUUCAAUGACGAUUCUGGCGCUCGGAUCCUCCGAUUGUGUAAAUUCCAGCAGAAGAAGACCAGAAUAGCUCAAUUCUUAGAGAGUGCAACCGAGAUGCUUCUUGCAGCGAGAAAGCAGGUUUUAACUUCAACCAAUUCAGAGACUGCUCAGCUGCUUAUCAUCGUGUCCGAUGGAAGGGGACUGUUCCUGGAAGGAAAAGAGCGAGUGAUAGCGGCAAUUCAAGCUGCACGCAGUGCAAACGUGUUCUUAAUUUUUGUGGUACUUGACAAUCCUAACUCCCGGGACUCUAUCCUGGACAUCAAGGUGCCAGUAUUUCAAGGACCGGGAGAACUACCGGAGAUCCGCUCCUACAUGGAGGAGUUCCCCUUCCCCUUCUACGUCAUCCUGCGAGAUGUCAAUGCCUUGCCAGAGACCCUGAGCGAUGCACUCAGGCAGUGGUUUGAACUUGUCACCGCUGCUUAUAAGUGA